AUGACAUCUCGGGCGCCGAAUCCAUCGACGGGAUCGCGCAAGAUUUCUUUCAAUGUUUCAGAACAAUAUGAUAUUCAAGAUGUAGUUGGAGAGGGAGCGUAUGGUGUCGUGUGCUCUGCACUUCAUAAACCCUCCGGUCAAAAGGUUGCUAUCAAGAAAAUCACUCCCUUCGACCACUCUAUGUUCUGCCUGCGUACACUGCGUGAGAUGAAACUCCUCCGAUAUUUCAAUCAUGAAAACAUCAUCUCCAUUCUCGAUAUUCAGAAGCCUCGGAGCUAUGAAACAUUCACGGAAGUGUAUCUCAUCCAGGAGCUUAUGGAAACUGAUAUGCACCGUGUGAUUCGUACCCAAGACUUAUCCGAUGACCAUUGCCAAUACUUCAUCUACCAGACUCUCCGUGCGCUUAAAGCUAUGCACUCUGCAAACGUUCUUCACCGAGAUCUCAAGCCCUCCAACUUGCUUCUUAAUGCCAACUGCGAUCUGAAAGUCUGUGAUUUUGGGCUAGCUCGUUCGGCUGCCUCUCAAGAGGAUAACUCCGGUUUCAUGACAGAAUAUGUUGCUACCCGCUGGUACCGCGCGCCUGAAAUCAUGUUGACCUUCAAAGAAUACACAAAGGCUAUUGAUGUCUGGUCUGUUGGUUGCAUUUUGGCUGAGAUGUUGAGCGGAAAGCCUUUGUUCCCGGGAAAGGACUACCACCACCAGCUCACCCUUAUCUUGGAUGUACUUGGCACCCCAACCAUGGAGGAUUACUACGGCAUCAAGUCGCGCCGUGCUCGCGAGUACAUCCGCUCUUUACCCUUCAAGAAGAAGGUUCCUCUCCGCUCCUUGUUCCCCAAAACUUCCGACCUGGCACUGGAUCUCCUUGAGAAGCUUUUGGCAUUCAACCCCGUGAAACGUAUCACCGUUGAUGAGGCUCUUCAGCACCCUUACUUAGAGCCGUACCACGACCCCGAGGAUGAGCCAACCGCAAACCCAAUUCCAGAGGAGUUCUUCGACUUUGACAAAAAUAAGGACAAUCUAAGCAAAGAGCAACUCAAGCAGCUAAUCUAUGAAGAAAUCAUGCGCUAA